AUGACUGUGGAUCUAUCGCCAGUGCAAGAAUAUUACAAGGACAAGACAAUCUUUAUAACUGGAGCUUCCGGUUUUAUGGGCAAAGUGUUGCUAGAGAAAUUGCUAUACUCAUGUCAUUCACUCAAGGAGGUCAUUAUUAUUGUCCGUCCCAAGCGUGGCAAGACACCGGAGACUCGUUUGGAAGAGAUGUUCAAAUUACCAAUUUUCCAACGUAUCAAGGAUGAGCGUCCGCAUAUGUUGAAAAAGGUGGCCAUUUUCCAGGGAGAUGUGACCUAUGAUUUGUUGGGUCUCAGUGGUGACAAUUUGAAGCAUGUUGUUGAUAAUACCAACAUUGUAUUCCAUAUGGCUGCCACUCUCAAGCUGGAGGGCAAUCUUCGUGAUGCCAUCGAUAUGAAUUUGUUGGGCACACAACGUGCUCUCAAUGUGGCCAAGCAAAUGAAACAAUUGGAGGCCUUUGUUCAUCUAUCGACGGCAUUUUGCAAUUGCGACCAGGAGGUUAUGUACGAGAAGGUUUAUGAGUUUCCCCAUAAACCAGAAGAUCUAAUGCGUUUGGCCGAAUGGAUGGAUGUUAAGACUUUGGAUGCCAUUACACCCGAUCUGUUGAAGCCUCAUCCCAACACCUACACCUAUUCGAAACGUUUGGCUGAACUUUUGGUGCGCGAUCAUUACGAAACGAUGCCGGUUAUCAUAGCUCGUCCAAGCAUUGUUUCACCAUCGGCCUAUGAGCCAAUACCCGGAUGGGUGGAUAAUUUGAAUGGCCCCACCGGUUUAAUGGUGGGUGCCGGCAAGGGAGUCAUACGUUCCAUGCUGAUUGAUACGCGUUUCAAAUCGGAAGCCAUACCCGUGGACUAUGCCAUCAAUGGCCUCUGCAUUAUACCCUAUCAGUUUUGUCAACUGGCCGAACGUCCUGUGGAUGUUCCAGUCUAUAAUAUAACCAUUGCCGAGCAUCGUAAAAUGCAAUGGGGUGAGGUCAUUGAGUUGAGCAAAAAGAUUGGCUAUCAAUAUCCCAUGGAGGCGGGUCUUUGGUAUCCUGAUGGCUGCAUUACCACCAAUAAAUUGCAUCAUAAUAUCAAUGUGAUACUAUUCCAUUGGUUGCCAGCCUAUGUGAUUGAUUUCAUACUCUUUCUCUUGGGCCAAAAGCGUUUCAUGAUACGUGUGCAGACUCGCAUAUCGGUGGGCUUGGAGGUUCUUCAAUUUUUCACCAUGCGUGCCUGGUACUUCAAAUCGGAUGCCUAUACCUCACUAUGGGAAAUGCUCAACGACAAGGACAGAAAGAAUUUCAAUAUGGACAUGGAUCCCGAGGAGACAGUGCCCAUGUAUAUAGAAUCCUGUGUACAGGGCGGUCGUCAAUAUUUGAUGAAAGAAUCACCCGACUCCUUGCCACGUGCCAGACUCCAGCUUAAGCUCAUGUACAUUUUGGAUCGUGUGUGCAAAACUGUUAUCGUUGGCUCAUUAUGCUAUUGGUCCUAUGGCCUUAUAUCGCGGAUGCUUGGCCAUUUCUCGCCGGCAGCCUAUGAACCCUUAGAAGGUUGGGUGGAUAAUCUGAAUGGUCCUACAGGACUGAUGAUUGGCUGCGGCAAAGGUGUCAUUCGUUCAGUUUUGGUCAAUCAGCAAAACAAGGCUGAGGUGAUACCUGUGGAUUAUGCCAUCAAUGGCCUGAUUGUGAUACCCUAUGAAUUCAAUAAGCAAGCACAGAGACCCGGCCAAGUGCCUGUCUAUAAUAUCACAAAUGCCGAUCAUCGGAAAAUGACCAUGGGCACUGUGGUGGAGAUGAGCAAACGUAUCAAUAAGCAAAUACCCUUCAAUGCUGGCCUCUGGUAUCCAGAUCCAUGUGUGACAACCAAUCAAUAUUAUCAUAAUUUCAAUGUGUUUAUGUUCCAUAUGCUGCCCGCCUAUCUAUUGGAUUUCCUUAUGCUAAUCUUAGGACAAAAGAGAUUCAUGCUGAGAGUCCAAGAGAAAAUCUCUACAGGAUUGGGUGUAUUACAAUUCUUCACACUAAAUGCCUGGUGUUUCCGUUCGGAACAAUAUGGCUCAUUGUGGAAGAAUCUAAAUGACCAGGAUAAGCAAAUUUUCAAUAUGAAUAUGGAUGUCAAAGAAUCGGAAGAGGAGUAUAUGAUCAAUUGUGCCAAGGGAGCACGUAAAUUUAUACUCAAAGAGAAGGAUGAGGAUCUGCCCAAGGCUCGUGUCCAUAUGAAGAUCCAAUGGAUUGUUGAUAUCGUUUGCAAGACUCUGAUUGUUGGCUUCUUUUUCUAUUAUCUUUUGAAAUGGUCGGUUACACCAGCAGUAACAGAACCACUUCCCGGCUGGGUGGAUAAUAUGAAUGGACCCACUGGCGUUUUAAUUGGCGCCGGCAAAGGUGUUAUACGUUCCAUGAUAGUCAAUGGAGAUUUAAAAUCGGAAGUUAUACCAGUUGAUAUAGCCAUUAAUGGGCUUAUACUUAUACCCUAUCAUAAUAGUCGUGUGGAAAAGAGACCUUUGCAGAUUCCCGUGUACAAUCUGACUGUGGCGGAUCAAAAGAAACGUACUUGGCGUUGGGUUAUGGAUGUUGGUCGAGAUCUGGGCAAGAAAUAUCCUUUCGAGGCGGGUCUCUGGUAUCCCGAUGGCAAUAUGACUUCGAAUAAACUUUAUCAUACAUUUUGUUGUGUUAUGUUCAUGUGGUUGCCGGCCUAUUUUAUAGAUUUUCUUCUACUCAUAUUCGGCCAGAGGCGAUUUAUGAUUCGUGUACAAAAUAAAAUAUCUGUGGGCUUGGAGGUCUUGCAAUUCUUUACCACACGUCAAUGGGAUUUCAAGUCAACGCAUUUCGAACAGAUCUACAAUGAUAUCAAUCAAGAUGAUAAGAAAAAUUUCAAAAUCAAUACCGAUGAUGUGGAUGAUUAUGAAUAUCUAAAGAUUAGUAUGCUGGGCGGUCGUCAAUAUGUUAUGAAAGAACCUCUCACUUCAUUGCCCAAGGCACGCAUUCAACUUAAAUUUCUUUUUAUGUUGGAUCGUAUAUGCAAAACUCUCAUAUUGGGUAGUCUUGCCUAUUGGUUGUCCUCGAAAGUGGGUCUGAUUGAUUUCGUACGCUCCAAUUUUGAAAUACUUCAGAAAUAAAGUGGAGGCCGCCACAGACAUUUUAUAUUUUUAACGUAUCAUCAAUUUUUGU